AUGGAAAACCCAAAGCCUGAGAAUGCAAUAACAAUCGCAGUCUCCUCGCGGGCUCUGUUCCGCAUGGAGGAAGAGCAGAAGAUUUACACAGAGCAAGGGGUGGAGGCAUAUGUGAAAUACCAGCUGGACCAUGAGAAUGAACCCUUCCUACCCGGCGCUGCCUUCCCAUUUGUCAAGGCCCUUGAAGCUGUCAACACUCAGCUGCGAGAGCUCUACCCCGACAGCGAAGAACUCUUUGAUAUUGUCCUCAUGACCAAUAACCACGCCCAGGUUGGGGUCCGCCUGAUCAACAGCAUCAAUCAUCACAAUCUGUUCAUCGAGAGGUUCUGCAUGACGGGAGGGAACAGCCCCACUUGCUACCUGAAGGCCUAUCACACCAACCUCUACCUCUCCUCUGACGCCGAGAAAGUGAGUGAGGCCAUAGAAGAGGGAAUCGCUGCAGCCACCGUGUUCAGCCCCAGCAAAGACGUGAAAGUGUCAGAGAACCAGCUGCGAGUGGCGUUCGACGGGGACGCCGUCCUCUUCUCGGACGAGUCGGAGCAGAUUGUGAAGGCGCACGGCCUCGACAUGUUCUUUGAACACGAAAAGGCUUACGAGAACAAGCCACUGGCCCAGGGGCCGCUGAAAGGCUUUCUGGAAUCUCUGGGGAAGCUGCAGAAGAAGUUCUACUCCAAGGGUCUGAGACUGGAAUGUCCAAUUCGCACCUACCUGGUCACUGCCCGGAGCGCUGCCAGCUCUGGGGCUCGUGCCCUAAAGACUCUCCGCAGCUGGGGACUAGAAACUGACGAAGCCCUGUUCCUGGCCGGGGCCCCCAAGGGGCCGCUGCUGGAGAAGAUCCGUCCGCACAUCUUCUUCGACGACCAGAUGUUCCACGUGGAGGGGGCGAAGGAGAGUGGCACCAUCGCAGCCCACGUCCCGUAUGGCAUAGCACAGAAGCAGAGGCGGAUGGUGCAAGAGAAACAAACCAAGAGCAGCAAGUAGCAUUGCUGGUGGUGACUGCAGAUGCUCGCUGGUUGGGUAGCUACCCAAACCAUCCCUGACCAGGGCACCAGGCAUGGAUUGAUAUCCAAGUCUGCAGCGGCUGAGCGUCUUUGUUGAUUAGUAUUGAAGCUGCAGGUGCCUUGUCCGGGUGGGUUGAAGGAAAGGUUUCCUUUUGCCUGUGUGUGUUGCACUUUACUGACUGUCUCUGACCCUCCAGCCCCAUAUCACCCUCCAUGUCUCCUGCAUAAAGGUAGGAAGGGUCAACCAAGGCCUAAACCCACCUCUGCUACCUUUGCUCCUGCAUCUCAGCAUCAGCCAUUGCUGACUUGUGCCACUUUGGCUGUCACCUCAUCUCCACACCUGCCU